CCACCACCACAACUUAUGCAGGGGACUUGGGUCCCGGCCAUCGCUUCCGCAUGUGAAUCGAGGUAUGCCAUAUCUUCACUUUGGCAUGGCGGGUACAUGCGUUAUGCUUUUUUAGACAUGCAAAUUCAGAUGCACUUGCAUCUUACGAUGGCUACUCGAUUUGAACUAGUCUCCCUAGUGGCAUCGCUUCUGCCGUCUCUGACGACGACGAUAACAUUUCUUUAGUUCUGCCUGGUAGUCGUCGUAUAAGUACACAGAUAGCUUCAUUUCGUCCAUCUUUUCCGCCACACACAACCAUCCACCAUUACCUUCAAGAUGCCUCUCGCUGCCGUCGGACAGAUGCGUUCAAUGGCCUCCAUGGCCGAGAACCUCAAGCAAGCCCAAGAACUCUGCCAAAAAGCCCACAAGGCAGGCGCAGCCGCCCUCUUCCUCCCCGAAGCAGCAGACUACCUAACCACAUCUGGCGGACUCAAGCUCUGCAAAUCUGUCCAAGAUUCCGAAUUCGUACUCGGGCUCCAAGAAUCCGCAAAACAAUACUCUCUACCCAUAUCCGUCGGCAUCCACGAGCCCACAGACGAUGGAAAGAAAGUCAAAAACACCCUAAUUUGGAUCACUUCUGAUGGCGAGAUCAGAUACCGCUACCAAAAACUCCACCUUUUCGACAUGGACGUCAAAGACGGCCCUCAAAUGCAAGAGUCUGCAGGAGUAGAACGCGGCGUACAUCUAGGCGAUCCAUUCGACAGUCCCAUAGGCAAACUCGGCAUGCAAAUCUGCUUCGACCUGCGAUUCCCAGAACCUGGUCUCGCACUGCGCUCGCGGGGCGCACAAGUUCUUCUGUACCCCGCUGCUUUUACCACUCCCACGGGCAAAGCAGGACAUUGGGAGAUUCUCAUCAGAGCCCGUGCGAUUGAGACGCAGAGCUACAUCAUUGCAGCUGCGCAGGUGGGUGUGCAUGAUGAAGAGGGCAAGAGGCGCAGUUGGGGACACAGUAUGAUUGUGGAUCCGUGGGGGAAGAUUGUUGCAGAGCUAGGGGGUGAUGAGGGCGAGGGAGGCAGUUGGAAGGAUGAGGGUGAGAUUGCGACGGCUGAGAUUGAUCUUGAUUUUGUGAACCAGUUACGCAAGGACUCGCCCUUGAACAGGAGAACGGAUGUUUAUGCA